AUGGCGGCUGCAGCGCCCCCUCCUCCUCCUUUCACCAAAACCCUAUCUCAUUCCCCUUCCUCCUCCGCCAAAUCCCCCACUCUUCUCCCUAGAUCCACCUUCCCUUUUACCCGGCCCCUUCUCCUUAUCCACCGCCGUCGUUUCACGGUCAACAAUGUCAUUUCCACUAAUCAUAACGUUUCCCUUUCUCAACCACCCGAAACAUUUAUUACCCGUUUUGCCCCUGACGAGCCCCGAAAAGGCUGCGACGUUCUCGUGGAAGCACUCGAAAGAGAAGGGGUUACCGACGUCUUUGCAUACCCUGGCGGUGCUUCAGUGGAGAUUCAUCAGGCAUUGACUCGUUCGAAUAUAAUCCGGAAUGUCCUGCCACGUCAUGAGCAAGGUGGCGUAUUCGCUGCCGAGGGUUACGCGCGCGCCACCGGGUUCCCUGGUGUGUGCAUUGCGACAUCAGGGCCGGGAGCUACGAAUCUCGUUAGCGGGCUUGCGGAUGCGUUGUUGGAUAGUAUUCCGAUAGUGGCUAUUACGGGUCAGGUGCCGAGGAGGAUGAUUGGUACGGAUGCGUUUCAGGAGACUCCGAUUGUCGAGGUAACUAGGUCUAUAACGAAGCAUAAUUAUCUUGUUAUGGAUGUAGAGGAUAUUCCCAGGGUUGUUCGUGAGGCAUUUUUCCUAGCAAAAUCGGGGAGGCCUGGUCCAGUUUUGAUUGAUGUUCCUAAGGAUAUUCAGCAGCAAUUGGUGAUACCUAAUUGGGAUCAGCCAAUGAGGUUGCCUGGUUACAUGUCUAGGUUGCCUAAAUUGCCUAAUGAGAUGCUUUUGGAACAAAUUGUUAGGCUUAUUUCUGAGUCAAAGAAGCCUGUUUUGUAUGUGGGAGGUGGGUGUUCGCAGUCGAGUGAGGAGUUGAGACGAUUUGUGGAGCUUACUGGUAUUCCCGUUGCGACUACUUUGAUGGGUCUUGGAGCUUUUCCAACUGGGGAUGACCUUUCUCUUCAGAUGUUGGGUAUGCAUGGCACUGUCUAUGCUAAUUAUGCUGUCGAUAGUAGUGAUUUGCUGCUUGCGUUUGGGGUGAGGUUUGAUGAUAGGGUUACUGGUAAAUUGGAAGCUUUUGCUAGCCGUGCGAAAAUUGUCCACAUUGACAUUGAUUCAGCUGAGAUUGGAAAGAACAAGCAGCCUCAUGUUUCAAUUUGUGCAGAUAUCAAGUUGGCAUUACAGGGUUUGAAUUCCAUAUUGGAGGGUAAAGAAGCUAAGCUGAAGAAGUUGGACUUUUCUGCUUGGAGGCAGGAGUUAAACGAGCAGAAAGUGAAGUACCCAUUGAAUUAUAAGACUUUUGGUGAUGCCAUCCCUCCACAAUAUGCUAUUCAGGUUCUAGAUGAGUUAACCGACGGAAAUGCCAUUGUUAGUACUGGUGUGGGGCAACACCAGAUGUGGGCUGCCCAGUACUAUAAGUUCAAAAAGCCACGCCAAUGGUUGACAUCUGGUGGAUUAGGAGCAAUGGGAUUUGGUUUGCCCGCUGCUAUAGGUGCGGCUGUUGGAAGACCCGGGGAGAUUGUGGUUGACAUUGAUGGUGAUGGGAGUUUUAUCAUGAAUGUGCAGGAGUUAGCAACAAUUAAGGUGGAGAACCUCCCAGUUAAGAUUAUGUUGCUGAAUAAUCAACACUUGGGAAUGGUGGUUCAAUGGGAGGAUCGGUUCUACAAGGCUAACAGAGCACACACUUACCUGGGUAAUCCUGCAAAUGAGGAAGAAAUCUUUCCUAAUAUGUUGAAAUUUGCAGAGGCUUGUGGCGUACCUGCUGCAAGAGUGACACACAGGGAUGAUGUUAGAGCUGCCAUUCAGAAGAUGUUGGACACUCCUGGACCAUACUUGUUGGAUGUGAUUGUACCGCAUCAGGAGCACGUUUUACCUAUGAUUCCCAGUGGUGGUGCUUUCAAAGAUGUGAUUACAGAGGGUGAUGGGAGAUGUUCCCACUGA